UGUAGUUUCGCGUCUGUUGACGGAAGCCGGUGAGGGGGCGGAGUCUGAGUCGAACAGCAGAAGGUGGAACAUCGGAUCAUCCGCAACAAACAGGACAUGUCUGUAAAGAUGGAAAUGGAUAUCAGUGGAGUGUCCAGGACCCGUGUCUCCAUUUGUCCAGCAGCUGAGAUCAAGGCCACAUUAAAGCCAGAGGCAGAGCGACCUCGCUGCGCCAGCACGCCAUGUUCCCCCAUCAGAGGAACGGUAGCAGGAUACCAGAUCCUGCACAUGGACUCAAACUACCUGGUGGGCUUCACCACCGGCGAGGAGCUGCUCAAACUGGCCCACGAGUGGUCGGAAGGCGCUCCAGAGAAGGGCUCUGUGUCGGAAGCUGUGACCAGCCCCACCAAGAGCACCGCCCUCAAGUCGGGGGACUUGGGCGUCCACCGGUCAGCACGAAUCUUCAAAGGGAAGAGCCGCUACUAUCAACCCUACGACAUCCCUGCUGCCAACGGGCGGAGGCGGAGGCGUAUGCCCAGCUCGAGCGACACCUUCCUCCGGUCCCUGGCUCAUGGGGAACCUGGGAGGAGUCUGCACGCUCCACUACCUCUGUGUCUGCUCAAGGGCACGGGGGCUCAGUCCAAGUCUCUGGACUACCUCAACCUGGACAAGAUCAGUAUCAAAGAGUCCUCGGACACGGAGGUGUUGCAGUACCAGCUGCAGCACCUCACCCUGCGAGGGGAGCGCGUGUUCACCCGGAACAAGACAUGAAAGCACAGCGGAGGCUUUUUUUCAGGCGUCCUCCGCCCUGCAGGGUUUUAGGUGCUAUUUCCAGCUCGGCUUGUUUGUACUCCGAUUACUAACAGUUCUUUAAGAAGUCUGAUAAUCUUGUUAUAUUAUUAACUGGGGAUUUUACCUUGUACACAUAACGUCGUGAAGAAAAUCCUCCAAUUAGUCCUCACAUUGUAAUGAGGUUUAAAAAAUGUGAAUCAUAUAAACUUAGCAAUAACUAGUGAACCUAUUUAUUGACAGUGUUGUGUGUUUGUGGUCGGUGACGCACUCGGCUGAGAAAAGCACAUAUCACACAGGAUCAGCUUUAAACUGCACCGUUCAGGCCAAUCAGAGCGUCUCUCUGACGACUCGUGUUGAUGGAGGUUCUGUGAUUUUCUGUUUCUGCAGACGAGUGUGACUUUAGCAGGAUGAUCAUUUUAGUAUGUUGCUUAUUUAUUUAUUGCUCUUUUAUGCUGUUGGUUAAUAUCAGUGUGAUUUCAAACUUUAUAUUCGUCAUCAAAUUGGCAAGUGGAAAAAAACUAAGUGAUGCUCCAUUUAAAUCUGUUUAGUAAAGGUGAGGUUAUUAAAGUAUCCGAAUACUAAUACAUGACAUUUAUAAUUACUAUAAUUAUUCCCUCUGUCCACAUGUUCCAGUGGUUCCUUCAUUUGUUAAAUGUAUGGCAGUCUCUGCUUUCUUCGACUUCACCUGAUAGCAUGAGACAAGUGUUAGAGAUAAUGUUAUAUUACGUCAUCGGCUCCUUGGACCACGCGUCCAUGUUACGCUCCGAACGUGGGCGAGAGAAUCCGUCUUCUGAGACUGAAUUUAAUAUUUGAUCACAAAAAGACGGCCGUGGGUUUUUCCCUUUGUCUCUUACAGCCGGUCAGUGGAGGCGCGGUCGUGUCACGGCCACACGUGAAAUGCUUGUCGAUGGCAUUAACCGCUGUUGAGUUCGAUAGUUACAUAUUGUGACUUUAAAUCGGAAUCAGACCCUGAACUCACUGUCAGCGAUGACGUGUCGUCAGAGAUACUCUCCCUUACGCAUCAUGGCCGCCCCGUGCGUCCUGCGUCCAUGUAGAGCGCCGGCCGUUUACGUCCUUUGAAAUGAAGUCUACAUGUUGAAGAUUGUUUCAAAACCAACCGAAUGAACCAGCACCAGCGUGUGGCUGCAGAGGGCGCUGUUGAUCGGUCUCAGUCACAUAGUGAUGCUUUAAGUUCGACCUUGAGUCACAGAGCAUGGAGGCUAGUUACCAUGGCGAUUGCCUCCUCUCCCCCCGGAGUAUCACUUCAGUCUUUUUCUGCUCCUGUUUAUUGGCUGGUUGGAAACAUGUCGGCUUUACAGAACCAUGAUCUCUGGUUUUUUACCUUGUCUUUUUACUGAGUGUGUGUGUUCCCCUUACAGCUGGUAACUGAUGUGUUCCCGAUGCCUCUACAGCAGAAAACCAGUUUCUGCACCUGAUUGCACUGUUGGACGUCGACUGGAAACGUCAGUGCACCUUGAUCUCAUCCCCACGCGCCACCAGCUGGGUGUUCACAGUCAACGCUGCAAUACUGUACAUAAAGAAGCCAUGUGAACACACUUACAGUUCUGUGAUCAGUAUGUUCAGCCCCUGAGCUUCACUCUGUUACACUAAAGUCUAUGUCAAGAAUUUAAAAUAGAAAACUGCUGACUGGAGUUCAACAGGAACAGUUUGUUGUCUCAGCUCAGAUCCACGUGUGUUUGAAUAAAGAUGGACGACAUCACGGCUCAGUAAAACCAAAUCCUCUGGUCUGCCCCCUGGUGGCCGGCUGCUGUAAGUAGACGUUAAAUAAAUGUUUUACAACAAUAGUUUCAGUGCUUUUAGGAUGAGAACGAUUUAGAUUGUGUUCAACUUAUCUUUUCUAUUUAUUCUGAUUCAUUAAAUUACAACAAGCUUCUUCUGCGGUCUGUGUUUCCCAUAUAAAUCUAAAUCUGGCACUGAAUUCAGUCCUAAUUUAAACGUUGAACCCAUUCAUCAGUUCUUUGGGUUUCAGACCCGUUGAAGCUUCGGGGCUGAACUCACUGUUUCACUCCUGUUUGUAAACUCACUCUUAUGCACUUCUAUCGAUUCCUGAAGCCAAACUCAACUUGUACGCUUGAUGUUAACCAAUGACUGUUAAGACCAUUAAAGCUUCUUUCAAACACA